UAUCGGCGGGAUCGCCUGCAGUCAGCUGAGCUCACUGGGGCUGGGGUGGGGGGGCCAAAGCCAGGAUCCUGGGGGCAGGGAUCCCAGGGAGCCUUCCUGACUCCAGCUCUGCUGAUCCAUCGCCAGCCGGCGCCAUGGCUUCUGAAGGAGGAAGCCCGGAUGAUAUUUCUCCCGACUGGGCGGGCACCAGCAUCCUCGACUUGACCUCUCCGGAGCUGGCCAAACCCAGCACCUCGUCCACAGACAAUGGGGAAGAUUUUGAAGUCCUGGAGAACGAGGAGGAGGAAGAUGAGGAAGACAGGGAUGAGGAGAUGAGUGGGCUCCCCCCGCUGGAGGACGUGCCCCCUGCCAAGGCCAAAAACGAGGGCCAGGGAUCUGUCUCAGACACCCCUCCGGAAGAAAGCUCGGAGACCUCGCCGGAGUGGCUUGACGUAUUAGGAAGUGGGUUGCUGAAGAAAAAAGUUCUUGUCGCUGGUCAGGGCCGAGAAACCCGGCCAGUCAGGGGGCAGGAUGUUACCGUACGGCUGAAAGCCACCCUGGAAGACGGCUCAGUGGUGGAAGAAGCGUCGACGCUCACCUUCACUCUGGGAGACUGUGAUAUCAUCCACGCUCUGGACCUCUGUGUACAGUUGAUGGAAAUGGGGGAGACGGCGAUGAUCCUCUCGGACGCGAAAUACUGUUACGGCCCGCAGGGGAGGAGUCCUGACGUUCCCCCGGAUGCUUCUUUGGCCUUCGAAGUGGAACUGCUCUCGGCCCGGGAUGCUCCCGAUCUGGAGCUCCUGAGCGGGAAGGAGAAGAGCGAGCUGGCGAACCGGAAGAGGGAGCGUGGCAACGUUCACUACCAGCGCGGGGAUUAUGUCCUGGCAGUCAACUCCUACGACAUCGCCCUCAAGGUUGUCGGCUCCAGUUCGAAAGUCAAUUUCAGCCCAGAGGAAGAGGCGGAACUGACAGAGGUGAAGAUCAAAUGCUUGAACAACCUAGCCGCUUCGCAGCUGAAACUGGAUCAUUACGACGCGGCCCUCCGGUCCUGCAAUCAAGUUCUGGAUCAACAGCCGGACAACAUCAAGGCCCUUUUCCGGAAGGGGAAGGUUCUCGCCCAGCAAGGGGAAUAUAGCGAAGCCAUUCCGAUUCUCAAAGCCGCCUUGAAGCUGGAGCCGUCAAAUAAGACCAUCCACACAGAGCUUUCCAAGCUAGCCAAGAAGCACGCUGACCAAAAAAGCGUGGAGACAGAGAUGUACCGCAAGAUGCUGGGGAACACGGGGUCUGGCGGCCUCCCGGCCAAAUGUAAAGACAAAUCCUCCCGGUCGAUUCCUUGGAAAUGGCUUUUCGGCGCCACCGCCGUGGCCCUCGGCGGCGUGGCCCUGUCGGUUGUCAUCGCCGCCAGAAACUAGUGCCGGCCGGAGAGCAGAGACCGCUGGGGCCGACCGGCUCUUCUUUUUCCCCAUCUGACUGCAUUCUCCCCACCUCCGGCACGAGGGGGGUUGUUGUUCAACUUCGUGUGCAACUCUGGACUUGUGGGUCGGCCAGAGAGGGGCAGAGCGUGGCUUUCCGCCGUCCCCAUCCCCCCCCCAACACAGCCCCAGCCGAACCUUGGCAAGCUGUGUCUCGGGGAUGAGAACUUCCCAUCGGAGAGGCCACACGUGGCGUGAAAAGUGGACCUAGAAGACCCAGGGGUGUCCUUUUGGAGACGGAUGGGAGAGGCGGUGGAAGGGGCCCGGAAAAAGAAAUCCGAAAUUGUUCCAUGCCUCCCCCUGUUCUUUUCUUUCUUUCUCUCUCUGCCUUUUUUUCCUUCUUAAAGGGCGCACAGAUUUUCUCCCGG